AUGAACAUCAAGCCAGACUUUGUUACGUGCAUUUCAAAAUGUGAUAAUCUGGACUAUUAUAUAAUUAGUACAGCUUGCCCAGCCAUACCAAUCGUCAAAGAACUGUAUAAGGAACUACAACAACAUUUCCCUGAUAUAUUCAAAAAAAAAUUAGUUAUUCCAUUUAAACAAUUACUUAAAUUUGAAGUUAAAGUUGAGUUACCUCCCUUUGGACUACAUUCAGACAGAAAUUCGUGGUACUGUGAAAACAACCUUGUUGAUAACCUGGCCUUGUUUGUUUCAAACCUGAUUCGAAGAUUUGAUUUAUGCACAGAGAUAUUUCGAAUAUCUAGAGAAGACAAUGAUUGGAUCCGUUGUCCUGAUAAUUAG